CCCACCCUCAUACUCUCUCUUUUACUCUCUCCUUCCCUUUCGCUCACAAGGAUCUCUCAGCGAGCAUGAGAAGACACUGAGAGGACAUUCACACCGGACUCCUGGACACUGAUGACCUGCAGAGGACGACUCUGCAACUGACAUUUCUGCACAUUUCGACACACAUACAGCUCUACUCAGCACCAUGACCAGGAAGGUGUUCACCAACACGAGGGAGCGCUGGCGCCAGCACAACGUCAACACUGCCUUCGCCGAGCUCCGCAAGCUCAUCCCCACCCACCCUCCAGAGAAGAAGCUGAGCAAGAACGAGAUCCUGCGUCUGGCCAUGCGCUACAUCAACUUCCUGGUGCAGCUGCUGGAGAGCCAGAGCGGUCAGCCGGCCAGCCACUCCCCCACCGCACUGCUCACCUUUCUCAGAGGGAAUAUGGAGCAGCUGCACUCCCCUCCACACCCCUGGGCUAUGACCAGCGACACAGAAGUCCCGUCACCUGGAUCCAGCUGCGACAGCUCCGAGGCCUGGUAGAAGCACAAAAAAAUAAACUCUUGAGUGGACCUUCUGACCCUUUCACUGGGUUUAAAAACUGAUCUAGUCCUUCCUCAAGACUCUUUUGUCUCUGCAUUUCACACCCUGUGUGUGACUCGUUUCAGUGCAGGAGAUGCAAUAUUGUGUGAUAAUUGUGGACUCCAAACAUGGUUAAAAAUGUGGGCACAGCCUCCACGCUGAUCAGUGUUGAAAUAUAAUUUGCAGGUGAAAAUUAAUUUGUAUUCUGCAUGGAUGUGUAAAAACCUGGAUGUACAAUAUUCCCCUCAUGUCUUCAUAUUAAUAUUCCUUGUUGCCGGCCCGCCUGGAACUAAUUUAGUUUUGCAGUGACGGGGUGUUUUGCCGAUGAGGAAAAUGGAGGGGAUUAAGGAAUUUCUCAUUUCAAGCAAUAGAUCAGCAUUUAAAUAGAUAAUGGCUCAGCCAAUUCUCCAGACUGCAGUCGUUUCAAAAUAGCCAAGGGCACUUUUUCUUCAUCUUCUUUUUUUCUUUUUCAUCGACAUGCUGUUUUUUUUUUCCUCAAGAAGACAAAAUCUGGCCUUUAUUUUCACUUACCAAGGUUACCUGACUUCAGAAGAAUCAGUUCUGUGAAACACUUUUCCUGUUUCUCACCCUUUUACACAACAAUGUUCAGUAUUUGUCGAUUACAGAUUUGUGGUAUUUAGGACUGGGCUGAGGAAUUUCGGCAAAACUGACAAUCCUCUUUCAGUAAUUACAUUUAAAUGUGUUUUUAUUUGAGUUUUUGUAAAAUACGCAUGUCAUAUAGCCAAAGAUUAUGAAUUGAUUGUCUACUGUGAAGAGUGUGCUAAUUAUCUUCUGAUACCUCUUUUUGUAAGUUAUUUUGGUGUGCUUGUGAAUAUACAGUAUGUUAUUUAUUUGAACUAUUUAUUUAAUAAAUGAUUUGUUAAUAAAACACCUUCUGAAUCUUUUUAA